GUUCCUGUUAGGUCACAUGUCCAGGGCGCCAAAAUAACGCGUCAACAGAGAGCCGUAGUGCGGCGCCUUCACCGUGUCUGAAUGAACCCGGAGCUGGCGAUGCCUGGAUUUGAUUUUCCAGAUAUUUUUAUUGUUUAAUCUGUGAAUGGCGCCUAAACAGGACCCUAAACCUAAAUUUCAAGAAGGUGAACGAGUGCUGUGUUUUCAUGGGCCAUUGCUAUACGAAGCUAAGUGUGUAAAAAUCAAUAUUAAGGACAAACAAGUGAAAUACUUCAUUCAUUAUAGUGGAUGGAAUAAGAACUGGGACGAAUGGGUUCCUGAAAGCCGUGUGCUCAAAUAUGUGGACAGUAAUCUGCAGAAACAGAAAGAGCUUCAGAAGGCAAAUCAAGACCAUUAUGUUGAGGGAAGGAUGAGGGGAGUCGCACCAAGCAAGAAGAUAGCUGCUGUGCAGCAAAAAAAUGUUGAUGUGAAAACUAAGAAGAACAAACAAAAGACACCAGGACCUGGAGAAGGGACCAGCACAGGGGAAAUGCCUCAUCCACCGCGCAAGAAGAGGGCACGUGUCGACCCAACUGUAGAGAGUGAAGAGACCUUUAUUAAUCGUGUGGAAGUAAAGGUAAAGAUACCUGAGGAGUUAAAACCAUGGCUUGUAGAUGACUGGGACCUGAUCACCAGACAGAAGCAGCUUUUUCACCUACCUGCAAAAAAGAAUGUAGAUGCAGUCCUGGAGGAUUAUGCAAAUUACAAGAAAUCAAGAGGAACCUCUGAUAACAAAGAAUACGCUGUAAAUGAAGUGGUUGCUGGCAUCCGCGAGUACUUCAACGUUAUGCUGGGCACACAGCUCCUCUACAAGUUUGAGAGGCCACAGUAUGCCGAAAUCCUGGCAAACCAUCCAGACACGUCAAUGUCUCAGAUCUAUGGAGCCCCACACCUUCUGAGGCUUUUUGUGAGAAUUGGAGCCAUGCUGGCGUACACACCGCUGGAUGAGAAGAGUCUUGCGCUGCUUCUAAGCUACCUACAAGAUUUCUUGAAGUAUUUAGUGAAGAAUUCAUCGUCUUUGUUCAACGCCAGUGACUACGAGGUUGCCCCACCAGAGUACCACCGCAAGGCAGUGUGAACACGAUGCCUGUGAGGACCUGUAUUGCUGCAUUUCCGUUGUUCAGUAUUUUUAAUUUUGGUUCUUUUAAAAGAAAAUAACAAAAACAUGAUGACUUGCCUCCGGAUGUUUUGACUAACUAAAAGGUGAAUUAAGACUUUAUGUAACAGUGCAUUCUGUUGGACUGGUACGGUCAUUGGAACGUCACUUAACUGUCCUUAUAUUCAAAUAUAUUUGGUUUAAUUAAACUGAUACACAGAACAUUGAGAAAGAUGAACCAUCAAAGACUUUCAACUUUUUUUUUUUUCUCCCAUUUUGUUUGGUAUGUUUGUUUGUUAAUAAAUUGUUCCUUUCAAAUACAGCUCUGCGGCAUCCCUGGUACCAUUUUUCAUAAUAUGUAAAGAAAUUCCAAUAUUUCUGAUUCACUUUCAUUUGUGUUUUGGUCAUUCAUUAAAAUCAUUUUCUCUGAGGAAAACCUUUCAAA